AUGGAUCCUCAACAAUUAAGAGAUCAAACUGCAUUUUAUCAAGAUUUAAAUUCAGAUAAAUCAGGACCACCAGAAAUUAGACCAGAAGAAAUUACAUUUGAAGAAUUGAUUGGUACUGGUUCUUUUGGUAAGGUGUACAAGGGAAGAUGUAGACAAAAGGCUGUAGCUGUUAAAUUGCUUCACAAGCAAAACUAUGAUGCUGCUACUUUGGCUGCAUUUAGAAAGGAGGUUCACUUGAUGAGUAAGAUUUAUCAUCCAAAUAUUUGUCUUUUCAUGGGUGCUUGUACCAUUCCAGGCAAGUGCGUCAUCGUAACAGAAUUGGUUCCAAAAGGAAAUCUUGAAACUCUUUUACAUGAUGAAAAGAUUCAACUUCCAUUAUACCUUAGAAUGAAAAUGGCAAGAGAUGCAGCUUUAGGUAUUAAUUGGUUACAUGAAUCAAACCCUGUAUUUGUACACAGAGAUGUAAAAUCAUCCAAUUUACUUGUUGAUGAAAAUAUGCAAGUUAAAAUUUGCGAUUUUGGUUUAUCAGCAUUAAAACAAAAACAUAAAAUGUUAAAAGAUCAAUCAAGUGCAAAGGGUACACCAUUGUAUAUGGCACCAGAGGUGAUGAUGUUUAAAGAGUUUAAUGAAUCAUCGGAUGUCUAUUCAUUUGGUAUUGUAUUGUGGGAGAUAUUGACUAGAAAGGAGCCAUUCUCGCACCAUCGUGAACUCGAAAAGUUUAGAGAGGCCGUCUGUGUCAAGCACGAACGUCCACCCGUUCCACCCGAGUGUCUCGAGUCGCUUCGUCGUCUGAUUGAGCGUUGUUGGGACAAGGACCCACUCCGUCGUCCCUCUUUUAAAGAGAUUAUCAGCGCACUCGACCACAUCAUUGUCGACGCUGCCAUCUCUGAUGUGCGUGGUCGCGAGUUUUGGAAAAAGAGCUUCCUCACUGAAAAGGAGGUUCCAUGGGAUGCCUUUAUCGAUGCACUCUGCGAAUGGAACAAGGUGGCAAACCGAACCCAAUGCGACAAAAACUCACUCGAAUACCUCAACAUCAAAUGUCUCAAGGCCAUCUUGGCCGAUGUCCCCAAGUCUGAGGGAACCGGUGUUGAAAACGUUGUAAACAUUGAAAAGUUUGGCAAGAUUCUAGAGUUUUUCGGCCCCAUGAUGGCACCCGGAGAGGGCACCCCCAUCAUGGACUCGAUCCGUGAAAUCUUGGCACAAAAAUGGUUCCAUGGCGACUUGGACACUGUCGAGGCUGCAUCGCGUCUCAAUGGCAACCCGGUCGGUUCCUUUUUGAUCCGUUUCUCUUCGACCAAUCCAGGCAACUUUACCAUUUCCCAGGUGGUCAGUGAACAAGGUCCCGUCAAGCAUCAACGUGUCAGUCGUCAAAAUGGACGUUUCAUCUAUCAAAACGUUCUCUACAACUCUCUUAUAGAAAUCGUCGCCAAGAGUGGCGGUGGUACAAAUGGUGACAUCAAAUUAGAUUCUAGUAUGGGUGUUCCAAAUUAUAAAUUCAUGUCCCUAUUUUGUAAUGUUCAUGGUAAUGAUCAAUAUUAA